ACCUGAUAAUUGCAAAUUACAAAAUUAUAAUUAGAACGCACAGGAAGGCAGCCUGCCUCCUCUGCAAGUAAAGUAGUCCUCAAUUCUCUACUUUUAUGUUCUUCUCGAUCAAUCUCUCACGAUCUUUCUUCACAAUCUGCAACCAUGGUGCUCGAGGCGACAAUGAUCUGCAUUGAUAAUUCGGAAUGGAUGCGGAACGGCGAUUACUCGCCGUCGAGGUUUCAAGCUCAGGCUGAUGCUGUCAAUCUGAUCUGCGGAGCUAAAACCCAGUCUAAUCCGGAGAAUACAGUAGGAGUUCUCACAAUGGCAGGAAAAGGUGUUCGCGUUUUGGUCACUCCAACCAGUGAUCUAGGCAAGAUUCUUGCAUGCAUGCAUGGUUUAGAAAUCGGUGGUGAGAUGAACCUGGCUGCUGGCAUUCAGGUGGCUCAAUUGGCUCUCAAGCAUCGCCAAAAUAAGAAACAGCAACAGAGGAUUAUCGUGUUUGCUGGAAGUCCUGUCAAACAUGAGAAAAAGCUUUUAGAGAUGAUUGGAAGGAAGUUAAAGAAGAACAGUGUAGCCCUUGAUAUUGUCAAUUUUGGUGAAGAAGAUGAAGAUAAGUCAGAGAAGCUAGAAGCACUACUUGCUGCUGUGAACAAUAAUGAUACCAGUCACAUUGUUCAUGUACCAGCAGGUCCAAGUGCUCUUUCUGAUGUACUUAUAAGUACACCCAUCUUCACUGGGGAUGGGGAGGGUGGGAGUGGUUUUGCAGCGGCAGCUGCUGCUGCUGCUGCAGGUGGUGUCUCUGGUUUUGAUUUUGGCGUGGAUCCAAACCUGGAUCCUGAGCUUGCCCUUGCUCUUAGAGUUUCAAUGGAAGAGGAGAGGGCCAGACAAGAAGCAGCUGCUAAGAAAGCAGCUGAGGAUGCUGGCAAACAGGAAAAAGGAGGGGAGGGGCAAUCCAGCUCACAAGAUGCAAUGAUGACAGAGCGGGCCAGUGUUGGGACUUCUGAAGCUGAGAAUAAGAGUAGUGAUUUCAUGGAUGAUGAGAAUGCUCUGCUACAACAGGCCCUUGCGAUGUCGAUGGAUGAACCUGCUUCCAGCCAUGAUAUUCGAGACAUGGAUAUGUCUGAGGCAACUGAUCCAGAGUUGGCUCUAGCUCUUCAAUUGUCUGUUCAGGAAGGUGAAAAAGAUUCUGGUAGCGAGAAAGAUAUGAGUAAAUUAUUAGCCGACCAGUCUUUCGUGUCUUCCAUCCUUGCCUCGCUUCCAGGGGUUGACCCAAAUGAUCCUUCAGUUAAAGAUUUGCUUGCUUCCAUGCAAAACCAGUCAGAGCCUGAUCAGAAGAACGAAGACAAACCACCAAAAGAGGAGGAGAAAUGAUGCACGUCUGGAGUUAUCUUUUCAAAUACAGGUUUCGUUUGCUGAAUUCACCCAGUUCAUGUCCGUUGCCAACUUGCGCUGAAAGAUGUUUCCAAUUGGCUGCAAAUCUCUCCACCCUUUAGUGAUCGUCUCUCUAAUCGGGUUCUGACCUUUAAGCUUGUAGAUUGAAAUUUGGAUCAACGUUCGUUCUCCAGGUCAGGAAGCUCCGUUUCUACAACAGUACAUUGAUCCUUUAUCAUAUUCGCUUCAUACGGCUUCAGAUAAACUGAUGGCGUUCUAGCAAUAGGCUUGCAACAUUGAUGUGUAUCUCUGCAUUGAAUUAAUAUUUAAAUUGUUACCAACGACGAUAUUUUUACUGGGUGUUCCUUCUUGUUA